AGGACUAGCAGCAGCAGGAGCCUCAUCUUCAUUCUGACGGAGGGCUGAGUACCUGUGAUAGGGGAGAGUACCUGUCACUGUGUGGUGGUACCUGCCGAGGCUCCUCUUUUAUACGCGCACCCUAUCUUGAGACACCUGUCUCCAUCCACCCCCACCCCCACCCCCCAUCCCAGCGCCGCCCCAAGCUACCCACGACAACAGGGCAGGAGGAAGGCCCGCCCCUGCACGUCCCUGCACGCCCCAGCACGCCCCAGCACGCCCACAACACCUCGGGGCACCCAACGAACCCAAAAAAAGGAUAAAACAGAAAAAAAAGCGAAAACAGAACAGGCAAACUUGAAAAUAAAAAAAACAAAGAAAAAAAUAGAAAAAUAGAUAAAAAAAAAUAGUGAAAACACACAUACGUACACACAAACACACGUGCACAGCCAUGCAUAACCACACACACAGCUGAUAAACACACACACACACACACACAAACACACACACACACACGGACACAGGUAACAUGGCUGUGGGUGGCCAGUAAGAGGUGCGGGCGUGUUAAUUAGUGAGACAGGUGAGAAGGCAGCACCUGUGUGAACCAUGCCUGGUCUGGAUGCCCUUAUUGCACUCAAGGACAGGGCCAAGGAGGUCAGGGAGCGCUUUGUCGUAAGCCGGAGCUCAGAGAUUCCUCAUGACAGCGCUGUACAAUAUGAGGAAUUCGAGCUGGGGGCGGCCAAGGUGGGGGCGGCGGGUCAGCAGUGGGCGGAGGGAGCGCUCGACGAGGAAAUGGAGAGAGAGAAGCCGCCGCUGAGGAAGAUCGAUCAGUAUAUGCCACCUGAUUGUCCCUGCUGCAACAUGACCAAGAGGUUUACCAUGGCUAUUCUGGCGAGCAUAGGUUUCCUCAUCUCCUUCGGUAUUCGGUGCAACAUGGGCGUGGCUGUGGUGCAGAUGACGGCAAACCGGACAGACAAUGGGGAGCGUGAGAUAGACUGGAGUGACGAUAUUGUUGGAGUUGUUGAUUCUUCCUUCUUCUGGGGGUACCUGGUGACGCAAGUACCUGGCGGCCUCAUCGCAUCUCGCUUCCCCGCCCACAGGGUCUUCGGAACGGCCAUCACCACCUCCUCCCUGCUUAACAUGCUCUUCCCAGGGGCGUCUCGGCUGCACCCCGCCGCUGCCAUGGCCGUCAGGAUCCUACAGGGCCUGGUGGAGGGCGUGACGUACCCCGCGUGUCACGGGAUCUGGAGAAACUGGUCGCCGCCGCUGGAGCGCUCCCGCCUCGCCACCAUGGCCUUCUGUGGGAGCUACGCAGGAGCGGUGCUGGGCAUGCCGCUGUCUGCCUGGCUCACGGAGGGCAUCGGCUGGCCUGCGCCCUUCUACUUCUAUGGUGUGGCUGGGGUUACCUGGGGGUUCUUCUGGUACUGGCUCGCCUUUGAGAAACCCUCCAAGCACCCAACUAUUAGUGCCAGGGAACAGGUGUACAUCGAGGAGAGUCUGGGCAAGCAGCCCACCUCGCAGCCCACCUUCGCCUCCACCCCCUGGCGCGCCUUUGCCACAUCCAUGCCUGUGUGGGCCAUCGUUGUGGCAAACGUAGCUCGCUCCUGGACCUUCUACCUACUAAUCAUCUCCCAGCCGACCUAUUUCAGUGAAGUGUUUCAUUACAAGGUGGCCAAGAGCGGCACCCUGUCAGCGCUGCCCCACCUGGUGAUGACGAUCGUAGUGCCAUUCGGGGGGCAGCUGGCAGACUAUUUCCGCAAGAACAACAUCCUCUCCACCACUAACGUUCGGAAGAUCUUCAACUGCGGCGGCUUCGGGCUCGAGGCGCUGUUCCUGCUGGUGGUGGCCUUCACGCGCGAGACCACCGUGGCCAUCUCUGCCCUCACUUUGGCUGUGGGCUUCUCCGGGUUUGCUAUAUCAGGCUUCAACGUGAACCACCUGGACAUCGCGCCGCGCUACGCCAGCAUUCUCAUGGGGAUCAGCAACGGCUUUGGCACCCUCAGCGGCAUGAUCUGUCCAAUUGUGGUGGAGGAGUUUACUAAGCAAGGGACGGCGGCGGAGUGGCAGGUGGUGUUCCUGAUCGCCUCCAUCAUUCACUUCCUGGGCAUCACCUUCUACGGCAUCUUCGCUUCGGGGGAGCUGCAGCCGUGGGCAGAGCCGCCACCCGAGGAGGCAGCCCCGGGGGACGCCGCGCCCAAGGAGACCACGCCAGCAGUUGGGGGCGUCGGCGGCGUUGGAGGCGUGGUGGGGGGCGUGACGGGCGUGGGGGGGCGCCGGGCCAGCCUAAUGGCAAGCUGGCGACCUAUGGCACCAUGAUGGAGGAGGGGGGCGGGGGUGUGGUGGGGGAGGGAGGGGGGAGGGGUACACCUACACCCAGCAGGAUUACACCCAACAACAACAACAACAACAGCAGCAGCAACAGCAACAGCAGGGAUACACCAUGCAGCAGGCGAACAGCACGAGCUACUCAACGCAGAACCCUCACAAUCCCUUCGCCAGCGCACCUCCCCAGCCUUCCUCC